AUGUUAAUUCUUUCUUUCUUUCUUUCUUUCUUUCUUUCUUUCUUUCUUGUUCUUUUUUCUUUUCUUUUUUUUCAAUACUUCCCCACUUUAUUUGUUAAUUUUUCCUUCUUUCCUUCCUUACCCUCCUUUUUCCGUUAUUUCUUUCUUUCUUUCUUUCUUUCUUUCUUUCUUUUUCUGUUUUAUUUCUUGAUAUAUUCUUUUUUUUUUUUCCAUUUUUCCGUCCCGUAUAUUUUUCUGCAUUAUUUUCCCUUUUUCUUUGUUUGUUUCUUUCAAUUAAUCCCUUCUUUUUUUUAUCAUUCUUCUUUUCUCUUCUUUCUUUCUGUAUUCUCCCUUUUUUUACUUUUUACUUUUCUUUCUUUCUUUCUUUCUUUCUUUCUUUUUUUCUUUCUUUUCGUUCUUUCUUUCUUUCUUUCUUUCUUUUCGUUCUUUCUUUAUCUCUCUUUUUGUUCUCUCUGUCUGUCUUUUCUUUCUUUUUAUCUUUUCGUUCUUUCUUUGUCACUCUUUUCUUUUUCUUUCUUUCUUUCUUUCUUUCUUUCUUUGUCUCUCUUUUCUUUUGUUUUUCUUUUUUUAUUCUUUUUAUCUCUCUUUUCUUUAUUCUUUCUUUCUUUCUUUCUUUCUUUCUUUCUUUCUUUCUUUCUUUCGUUUAGCUGUUUCUUUUCUCUUUUAUUUCUUUUUCUUUCUGUCUGUAAUUCUCUUCUGAAAUUAUUGUUUCCUUUUUCUUCUUCUCGUCUCCCCAAACCCCACCAUUUCUACUCUAACCGCCACCAAAUACAUUUUCAUUAA